AUGUCCAGCACUGUGCAAGAUGCGGGGGACACCUUGGACAGGUGUGCUGUGUUCUCACCCAAUCAGAGGCGACCUCCACACCUUCUAGUUGCAUCGCUGAUUGAGGGAUCAGACAAAAUGGGGAAGCUGGAUUUUUACGUCAUCUGGUCCCUGAGUGACGCCCCUCGGCAGUUUGUUCGCAAAGCUAAUCGGAAGUGCUUUCAAGUCCACAUCCCGCUGCCUCUUCCCAAACAAGUGGUCAUCUUUGGUGUUGGGGAGUGGUUGUGGGACGAGACCACGCUCUUAGCCGAAGUUCUGGUCUGUGAGGACGUCCCAGCCCAGAUUAUAGGGACUCUGUCCUCACAAGUCAAGUGCCUGACCUGGGAAGGUGACUGGAGCGAUGACAUCACCAGGGUGUCUGCAGCAAAAGGCAGGAGGGGUCUGUAUGGCAAGCUGGUGCUGAAGGUCUGUGGAGAGCAGCUGCAGGAUGACUCCAGUGUCCUCAGCAGUACUCAGUUGUUUCAGAGGAGACGUCUGUUCCCAGAGGAGCACAGUGAAGCCGAUCGCUCCAACACGUCACACCAAAGAGCCGACGGGGAAACGGUCACAUCCGACUCCUCCCACAUGAGCAGUGGAGUUUGUUGUGCUCAGAUUCAAGUGACUAAAAUUGACACCAGUAACUCUGCCCACCCUGCAGUUUGGCCUACACGCUGGUGUCAUACGAUGUGUCUGAGUGACCCUGAUACAGCCGUCCUCAUCGGAGGGGAAACUUCAGAGCAGAACUACUGCAAGGACUCCCUCUGGAAGCUCGAGCUGGACAGAGACUUCUGGUUCCCCGUGAACUCCACUGCUUCUGGGCCCGUGCCCCCUUGUGCUAGAGGGCACACUGCAACUUAUGACCCCGACUCCAAGGCGGUCUACGUGUACGGUGGCCUGACGGAGGGUCCGAGCAACAGUGUGGUGUACAUCAUGAAUACUCUGUCCUGGAAGUGGACCCUUGUCACUGCUAAGGGAAACGUGCCACAUCUUGCAUAUCACUCAGCUGUAAUUUACAAGAAAGAGCUUUUUGUCUUUGGAGGCGUUCAGUCGAGCCGUUCACAGGGGGAUGGAUCCUGCAGCAAUGCUCUGUACAUCUUCAACCCUGAGCAUGAACUCUGGUACAAGCCUAUUGUGGAGGGGAACAAGCCUCUGUCUCGCUUUGGGCACAGCUCUACACUUCUGUCUCAGAAACUUGUCAUUUUUGGUGGGCAGAAAACUGCGACCUACCUUAAUGAUCUCCAUGUUUUAGAUCUGGGCAUGAUGGAGUACACAGCUGUGAAAAGUGCAAACAUGCCACCUCUGCCUCGAGGGUUUCAUGCAGCAGUUCCAGUGUUGGAUGACAGGAUUUUGAUCAGCGGAGGCUGCAGUGCAAUUGGAGCGCUGCUAGAUGUUCAUAUCUUCAACAUUGAUACUCUUAUGUGGAGUUCAGUGGCAUCUCCACAGCUUUGCUCCAAGCCCCGUGCAGGACACAGCAUGAUAAAUUUGGGCUGUACCAUCCCAGUACAGUCUGAGACGCCCACACAGGGGGACACUAAUAUUACGUGCACUUUGUUGGUGUUCGGUGGGUCAGAUUGUUCAGGUUCCUUCUAUGAUGAUACACUCAGGUGUACAGUGGAGAUUACAAAUCAUCACAUUCAGCCAACAAUGAAGGCCUUAAUCUGAUGAGAAAUGUUUUGCUUGAGCCGACUCCUAAUCAGCCAUACUGUCACAACACAUGUACCAGUAAUGUGCUGCUAGCACGGAUUACUGAGGUUUUCCACUUUGCAUAACAAAUCUGUGAUUUGCAUGUUUUACACAUUGUGCUCUGUUCUGUGUAUUUGUAUGAAUGUCAUUUACUAAGAUUGACUUUGAUAUGUGUUCAAGUCAAGCCCCCC